CUUCGGGGUCCACUUUCAUCUCGGCCAUUUUUGACCAAUCACACGCCACGCAUAUCAUCAACACCACCACAUCAACGACAACAAGGAAAAUGGAAACGAGGAUAUCACAGGACAGGACUGGGAAUAGGGAUGUGGAGGAGGGGUUUGAACAGUACCACAGCCAGACACAGACGACAACAACGAGUGGGAGCAAAGAAAGGCAAAGAUCUUCGUCAUCAGUCAAAGGAAAGUUGUUGACAGCACGAACGACACUGGGCAUCCUCUCGAUAAUACUGGCGGUAGCGAUCCUUGGAGUCGUCGGUUAUAUGGUGGGGAAGUAUGGGGAUAAAGGGUUUGCGCACGUUAGUUUUGUGUUUGUGGGGAUCACGGCAAUCUCCACCCUAAUCUGGCACCUCCUCGACUUCACCACCCUCCUCUGCCUCCGCGACCGUUUCCGCACCCUCUACCCCGGCGCCUACGUCGGCGUACACAUCUGCAUCUCCCUCGCCUGCAUCGCCACAAUGGGCUACGUCGGCAUCUGGGUGUCCACCGCCGACGAGGAAUCCGAUCGCGAUCUCGACCUCGAGCCCGACGCCGUCGCCGUGCCGCCUAUCGUCGAAGCGCUGGCCACCAAGUACCACACGGCUGGCAGGGGCCUGAGAGGCAGGAGAGGGAGAUUGUAUCGACUGGGGAUCACGUUACUGGUGGUGACGGUGAUGAUGUUGUUGAUUAAUUUUGUCCUGUCGAUACUGGCGUGUAGGGAGGUGCGGAGGAAGGACAGUGCGGUUAGGGAGCAGGACGGGGAGGGUGUGGAUCCGAGCGAUCCGGCGAGAUAUCGGAUUCCUGCUGCGGGACGGAGAACGCGGGCCCGUGCUGCACCACGACCACGGGUACCUGAGAACCAGUUCCCGGGGUAUGUGGUUACUGUCAACGAUGGACCGGUUUUUUCGAGGCCACCACCGGCGGCGAUGACGGGAGCUAUGCCGCCGAGGGGAGUCGAUUUGGGUGUUGAGAUAUCUGGGAGUCACGAGGAUGAGUGGGCGAUGAGGAGGGAUAGGAGUGGAAGCCCGACGGAUAUCGAUUUGACGCCGGUUAGUCCGGGGAGUAGUGAGAUGACGGAAGCCCUGACGGAGAAGGAUAGUGGGAUUGGGAUUGGGAGGUCUGGAAGGUGAGGCCGGAGAGAUCCAGCCGUCAAGAGUAAGACGGAAAGAAGGGCUGUACACAGUUUACACGCGGGUUUCUACGACGGGGUGUAUCUGGUCUAUCUGCACAUGGAGUAUGGUUUUGGGAGUAUGUA